UGGGACUGAUCCCACAUCCCGGGACUGAUCCCACAUCCCGGCGUUUCUCCUCCCUGCUCUGCCCGCGGGAUAUUCCAGGGCUUGGUCCCUGCGAAUCCCCUGGGAAGGGGCGGGACGCCUUUCGGGGGAAAUUCCUUCAUUUCUGAGGUUUUCUGGAAUCCCCCCCUGACUCGGAUUCCCUCUGUUCCCACCCAGAUCCUCCGGCUCCGUCCCGUCCCUCGUUCCAGCAGGAUGAGAGCGGCGGAGCUCCUGCUGCUGUGUCUGCCAGCGCUCCUGGUGCAGGGCCAGUACAGCCGCUUCGAGGGCAUCACGUACCCCGAGCCAGUCCAGUACUCCCAGUACGACCAGCAGGCCGAAAUUCAGGAUUACUACGAUUACCACGAUGUCACCCCCCGAGUCCCGGAGGAGCAAUUCCGGUACCAAUCCCAGCAGCAAUCCCAGCAGGAAACCGUGCCGGCCCCGACCCCAGGUGGGUGA